CGGGGGCACCCGCGGGCUUUCUGGUGUCCCAACCCCUCCCCUUUCGUCCCGCGUCGUGGGAAGAGAGCGAGUCCUUUGAGCAGCGUUUAUUAAAGUGGGGUCCGUGGGCGGACCCCCGACCCCAUCUCAGACUUUCUGAACCGGACUGUGUGUUGGCCCGGGAAUCGGAAUUUACAGCGAGCGACUCUGAUGAUUUUGAUGCAGGUGGUCACAGAACCGCACUUUGGGGGCACUUCCUCAGAGGGCAGCGCAUUUCCGACACAGCAGGGAGUCUAAGUGGGUGCAUUGAGGAUGGGGCCAUGGACUGGCCUGGAAAUGGUGUUGGAUGGUCCUCUGCCUUAGGAGAAACUGACUGAGACCGGGGAUGUCUCUUAGAUCUUUGCACUCAGGGUGCUAUUGUGUUCCUGUUGCCAUAGCUGGAGUCUUCACGUGGACAGAUGCUUAGUGAGUGAAUUCCCUGGGUCAGCAGCCUUAGGGAUGAAACAGUGCUGAAGUAGACAGUGUGGGGUGCAGCAGAAAACUUGGAGCUGGUCCUGCUGACCUGGAUUGGGGCGGACUCUGCCACUUACCAGCAGGGUAGCCCUAGUGUGGAUCCUGCUCACAUCCCUAUUUCUUUCUCCAGUGUCCUCAUCUGUCAAUAGGGACAGUUAAUUACUAUCCAAUAGAGCUUUUGUGUGAAUUAGGUAAUGUCUAGUAAGUGUUUCUGCAGUAACUGUCACAUGGUAAGCAUUGAGCAAAUGGGAAUUAAGAGUGAUCCAGAUUCUGUCUUCCCAGGGCUAUAGUCUCCCAAACUAGGGAUUAAAUAGAUGAGAAAAACGUGAAGAGAGUUACAAAGUAUAUUUGGUGGGGGUGAGGGGUGCUUGGGAAGGUCAUGCAACUUGUGAGAUUUGCUUGUGGCUUUGAAGAAUAGGUGGAUUCCAGGGAGCUGGUAACUGGGGCAGCAUGAGCAAGUUCCAUCCCGUGCUUCGGAGGUGGUUCUCUCACAUGGAUCAUUGCGGGGCUGCUCCUAGGACUUUGAGGCAGCAAAAGAAGUCAUGCUGAUAAGUGGUUUUUGAAGGCUGGACUGUUGAUCCAUAAGUUUGUUUACUGACCAUAUUUGACACAUAUUGUUUUCAUCAGGCACCAACGGACUCCUUUUCCCAUCUCAUUGGAGGCUGGCUAAAUUAGAUCAUCUACAAAAGGAUCCUAGUUGAUUGCUUAGUAAAAAGGUUGACCAGGGCCACCAUUAUUUUGCAGUUUCUGAAACUAUUUCAGAGCAAAAAUUCAGGUGUUGAUGGGAGCAAUGGAAGGUCACAAGGCAGAAGAAAAAGUGGUAGACAUUCUUCGACUGAAUGUGGGUGGCUGUAUUUACACAGCCAGACGUGAGUCCUUGUGCCGUUUUAAAGACUCGAUGCUGGCAUCCAUGUUUAGUGGGCGUUUUCCUCUAAAAACAGAUGAAUCAGGGGCUUGUGUUAUUGACCGAGAUGGACAUCUAUUUAAGUACCUCUUGGAUUAUCUUCACGGAGAAGUUCACAUUCCCACGGAUGAGCAAACCCGUGUUGCUCUGCAGGAAGAGGCUGAUUAUUUUGGCAUCCCGUAUCCAUACAGCCUGUCUGACCACUUGGCCAAUGAAAUGGAGACAUAUUCUUUAAGGUCAAAUAUAGAACUUAAAAAGGCUUUAACAGACUUUUGUGAUUCAUAUGGUUUAGUUUGCAAUAAGCCAACAGUUUGGGUUCUCCACUAUCUUAACACAUCUGGUGCAAGCUGUGAGAGUAGAAUUAUUGGUGUGUAUUCCACAAAAACUGACGGAACGGAUGCUAUUGAUAAGCAGCUGGGAGGAAGAAUUCACAGUAAAAGCAUUUUUAAAAGAGAGGCGGGAAAUAAUGUUCAGUACAUUUGGAGCUAUUAUUCAGUAGCUGAAUUGAAGAAAAUGAUGGAUGCCUUUGAUGCCUGGGAAGGAAAAGGUGUUAGCUAUUGGCGGGUGCCUCAUGAGCUGAUAGAAUGUUGGACUCUGGAAGAGCGGCCUUUACUUGGAAGCCUCCGUCACAUGGCCCCAGUUCGAAAGAGGCGACAGAUAGCUUUCAAUGAAGAAGAAGACGGUGUGAACUGUAAGACUGGUCCUAAACCAGUGAGAUUUAGGGGCCCUUCCACCAGCACCCAAAUUAAAGUCAAGAACUCCGCGUCUGUCCGGGUGUCUCCGGCCAGCGCCCUCCAGUCUUCAGGCGGAAAGGUAACGCAGCGCUCUGCGCCGCCAAAGGCCCCGUUGUCAGCGGGCACCGUGCUGCCAGGCCAGCCCCAGGCUUCCCGUGGGGCCGGGAGCGCUGCUGAAAACGGAGCGGCGCACCCACCUCCCGCCAAGGUCCUGCUCUCCGACAAGAAGGCCACACCACCCCGAGUGAUAAAACUGAAGCGGACUCCACUGUGCGCCGCAGGUUCUUCCCCACCUGUCGGGUCAGCGUCGCGGCCCGCGGGAUCCCUAGCACCGCCCCCGGAAGUCCCUGACGCGCAUGCGCGGACUGAAAAUGGGCGGGGCCAGGCUGAUUGACAGAAAAGUGGGUUCCCGACUGCCAGCUCACCUCCCCGAGCGCCCGACCAUAUGGUGCAAGUAAGUGGCGCUGUUUCUUCGGGCAGUAGAGGUGAAAGCUUAUGUUGGUCUUUAGGAUCAUUAUGGGAAAAAUGAAGUGAGUCAAGUAGGAAUGGAGGAGGGAGACUUUAAGUUGUUAGACCUGACUUUUCAUUUUCCCAACUUUGACAUGGUUGUCUACUGACAGUUUGAAUUUCAGGGUGGUUUUGUUUUGUUUUGGAUGGUUAAUUGGUAUUAAGGCAACAAAACAGUACAGUACAGUAAAACAGUACAGCAGAACCACCACUAGAGAAGUCUACUUUGUUGCUGAGUAAUUACAGACUUUAGGCACUUCUUUAAUGUUACUCAUUGCUGCCCAGGGAUGAGAGUGGGAUUAGUAUUCUCGUCUGGUGAAAUAGGAUGAGAGAGGGUGGCGUUAGUGCUUCCCUGUGCUGUGUCCCAGCCAAGAGAAAUUUGAGAGAAAAUGUGGACCAAGGUGAACUCCCCACAGGUUACUUUCAGUCUCAGAAGCCUGAAGAUAUGAGGAGGAAAAAAAGAGUAAUUAAAGAUCACACUUUGACUUGAACUAUUUUCUUUCCUAGAUUGGUUUUUUUUUUCCCUUAGUCUUUUCUGGUAGCAGAUUUAUUUAUACAUCACAAGAUGUCUUGGAAUGAGAACCAUAAAACAUGUCUUGAGAAUAAAUUGUUAAAAUGUUUUAAUUUUAAUAAGUGAAGUUUUGAAAGUACUUUGAAAAAGAAGUUAAACAUUAACUCUUAACUAAAGUUACUAUUUGUUUCUCAGGAAUGACCACUGAAGAGUCAUUCUGACUAUGAUAUGAUUUUUAUGCAUAAAAUUCCCAUGUAACUUGAACUUAAUAUUUUUAAACAGAAUAUUUUGAUUAAUCCUCUAUUUUUCCACAACUAUUCAGUUGUAUGUGUUUACUCUUACAUGUUAAGUUUUAUAAUUGGAUCCCAUAUUUCUACCUUCAGUAUGCAGUAUGCCUUCAAUGUAUUACAAAUAAAUUCAUAAAGCAGGGUACUCUCUACUCAAUGCUUAUCAUUGUACUUGCAUUACUUUGAAAGAAUAAAUAUACUCAAAACAUUA